AUGUCGUGUCGAUCCGCUCUUUUAAUAUCUUGUCUCUUCUUCCUCUCUUUCUUUCAAGCGGUAACGGCUUUACCUGCCUCCGAACUCACCAAUGCCGAACGUUUCAAACGAGGUCUUGGACCAAAAGUCCCAUCGAGGAGAUUCAACGCCACUGCGACCGGACAACCUCUUUCCAAACGAUCUGUUGGGCCAUCAAAACUCUAUCUUCAAGCAUCACCUGCCUCCGCUCCUCCUAAGCGUUCCCUCGAUCGAAGGGAAGCAACCCCACACAACACUGAAUCUUUCGUUUAUUAUGAUGAUAGCAACGGUGUUUUCGCUCUGACCAUAAACCCAGGUCUUGCCGUCUCUUUCAAAGUUCAGGGAAGCGGGUCGAACCAAGUCAUUUUAACACCUAUUGACGGAACAACAUUUGCCAACGAGUGCUUUAUCUAUUCAGGAAGUCAGACACCUGCCAUGGAGAUCGAUGCAGAGGGAGGUCCAAGCACUUGCGGUUUCACACCCGGGACAGAUUACGAUCAGACCGUCGCUGAGUCUCAAAACGAUCAAAUUCAAGCACCAAUUUGGAACGUCCCCGAAAAUGUUCCCGGACCAGCAAGUAUCAACUUCCAUAAUCACGAUGGUACCACCACAAAUCCAUCUUGGUUCGUGUACGACACGUAUGAACCUGAUCGCUUCGAUCAACUCGGCGCUGCGUUGAAGGCUUCACAUUUUGGUGCAAACGGAGCAGUCACCGAACUCACUUUGACAUGGGUCAAUCAACUGCCCGGGUAA